UUGUGUAUGGAUGUGAUAUAAUAACGUCGGUUAACUGUCAUAAGUAGAGUUAUUGAAUAGAAAAAAAAUAGAUUGAAGAUGAAUAAGAUACUUGAAUUUAAGGCACUAUUGGUUAAACCAUUAUUAUUUAGUAGAAUAUUAAGCACAACUUGCGCAGCGCAAAAAAACGAAAAUUACGAGGACUUGAAUCAUCCAGAAAGUGGCGGACCAGAUAUUCCUAAAUAUAUUGAAAGGGAAAAUGAAAGCAUAGAUACUAAACGUGCAAGAUUGUUGUACCAAUCACGCAAGCGCGGGAUGCUGGAAAACGGUCUUUUAUUAAGUACAUUUGCCAAAAAAUAUCUAAAUGAUUUCAACGAAGAACAAUUAAGACAAUAUGAUCGCCUAAUAAACAUCCCUUCUAACGAUUGGGACAUAUUUUAUUGGGCUUCGGAUGUAAAACCAGUACCAACGGAAUUUCAAAACGAAGUCAUGAAUUUGCUCAAGCGGCAUUUAAAAAAUGAAAAUCGGGAAUCUCGAAUUAGGCAACCAGACUUGUAUUAAACAUAUUUAAUAAAUGUACCUAAGUACAUAAAAAUACCUCUAAUAAACAUAUUAAUUGUGGUCAUGUUUUGUAUAAAAAGUUCAACUAUUUAGUAAAAACAUUUUUUAAAUAUUUACAUUGUGGAAAAAUAGUUAUUUUUUUCUUAUUAAAUAGAUAAUUGUAGAAUCGAACCCUUAUGCAUUAGUUAAUAAUAAUAAAUGUAACGUAUAAUGUAAAUGUUUCAUAACAGUAGUGAUGUUUUCAAUUACUCAAAAUAAACAUUUUUUUA